AUGGCUGAAUCUAGCUCCGUUGACACCAAGCCUCACAGUGGGGAUGGCGAGUAUCACGCUCCAAGACCGCGCAAACCCACGCGCAUCGACUUGCUUAAACCCCGACUGAGCGACGAAGGGUUCGGCAAGAAUGCCCAACCUUCAGAGCCCGGUUCAGUCGUCUCGAGUGGUCGAUCAACACCGAUCCCCGCAGAUGCCCCGCCCUCCUUUCUGGCCUCAUCCUCAGCGCGUCGGCAGAUUCGAGCUCAGCAGAAGCGACGCAUGUUCCCUACGAUCGAAUACGUGGACCGCGUCUCUCAUUUCGAUCCCAACAGCGACUAUCAUGACUUUCGCGGCUUCUUCGUCUUGUUUUGGAUUGGACUGGCAAUCAUGGUGAUUACGACCAUGCUGCGCAACUUAUCAGAGACUGGAUAUCCUUUCCGGAUCAAACAAUGGGCGCUCUUCAAGGAGAAGGUAGUCGAACUGGGCCUGGUGGAUGGUGCCAUGGUCUUCAGCACAGCGCUGUCGUUGCCGCUGCAGAGGCUCUUCCUCAACGUCGAAGCCUUGCGCUGGAACCAUCUGGGGAUGAUGAUCCAGAGUGUCUACCAAAUCAUCUGGCUGUCAUUCUGGACAACGUACCCGUUCAUCCGUGACUGGAGCUGGACAGCCCAAGUCUUUUUCACCUUGCACCUGCUUGCCAUUUUCAUGAAGAUGCACUCUUAUGCCUUCUACAACGGACACCUGAGUGAGACGUUGCGACGUUUGAACGACCUAGACCACCCAGGCAGGGCCAGUAAAGCAGCUGCCGUUCGAUAUCCCAAGCCCCGCACCCAUCUCCAUGAGAAUACGCAGCCUUCGUCUCAGUCUGAGCCCAAAGAACCCAACGCAGAAUAUGUGACCCAACUCCGCGAGGACCUUGCCUUUGAACUUGCAUCUCCACUAGGUCGUGUUUCCUAUCCCGAGAACCUGACUCUUGCCAAUUUCACCGACUUCAUUUUCUGUCCAACGCUCUGUUACGAGCUAGAAUAUCCUCGCAAUACCCACAUUCGCUGGCUGGAGCUCUUCUAUAAAGCCCUCGCAGUAUUCGGCUGUAUUUUCCUGAUGAUUAUCACGGCCGAGGAAUUCAUCCUUCCGGUCCUGGAAGAAUCCGCGAUACGAUUACACAACUCGAGCAGUUCUCUUGAUUUUGCCCUGAUCAUGGGUGAAACGGUUGGACGCUUACUGUUUCCCUUCAUGAUUACAUUUUUGCUUGCGUUCCUCGUCAUCUUCGAAUACGUCUUGGGGGCCUUUGCAGAAAUCACUCGCUUUGCCGACCGUCAAUUCUAUGCCGAUUGGUGGAACAGCUGCGACUGGCUCGAAUUCAGUCGCGAAUGGAACAUACCUGUUCAUCGGUUUUUGCGCCGACACGUCUACUCGGCAUCGCAAAAUCACAUGUCGCGGCCGGUGGCUACAGCACUCACGUUUCUCAUUUCCGCGCUAGCCCAUGAGCUGGUCAUGGGAUGUAUAACGAGGAAGUUCCGUGGCUAUGGAUUCAUGGCCAUGAUGCUCCAAAUGCCUAUAGUGAUGGUGCAGAGGAGCAAGUGGGUGAAGGGGCGCACGUUGCUAAACAAUGUGUUGUUCUGGUGUACUAUGAUUUCAGGCCUCAGCAUGAUGUGCGCUUUGACUACAAGUACAAUAUUUGACGACUCGACUACUGAACUGCAAGGUUACCUUGGCUGUUUUUGUGCUUUGGUUAGAUGUUUGACCCUGAAUGAAUUCUCCCGCAAAUGGCCACGGACUACAAGUGGACGCUGGCUUCCUCUGAUCUUGGCUCGAUGUGAACCCAGACUCUCCAGUAUGCUUCCCCCACCUCCCCCAUGGUUCCUGUGUGUCGUACAUGGUGGCCUAUUCCGACUUAUCCGGACAUGUCCCCUGGCUCCAACGCACAACGAAGACGAGAGCACAGAAUCACUGGGGGUAACUCUAGAGUGUAGAGUAAUGUGA